CGUUAUGUCUAAUUGGACCCACAUAAUAUAUACUCCUUCAGUUGAGUCCAUAUCCUCACCGAACUCCACGCCAUCACUCUUCCGUCCCAUGUGGGCAAAUCUUCAGUAGCUUCGUGUCACUUCAAUUCAUCAAUUGUGUUCAUCAAUGGCGGCCUUUUAUCUUCUUUAUCUCACAUCAAAAGGCGCAAUUUUUCUCUCCAUUUUAUACAAAAUCUCUCACAAAACUCAAUGCAAAAUAAUGGGUCGUCUCUGUUUUCUGAUUACUCUAUGUUCAAUUAUCGAGUUUUAUAAGAGGUUGGUUUUUCAAGCAAUUUCGAGUUUUUUCUUGAUGGAUUGUGCAUCACAUUUGAAGCUUUUACUGACUAAAUACAAUGAUUUCGGAUGUGGGUUUUUGAUUUUCGGGUGUUUUUCCAAGAUUCUCGAUGUGUUUGUGGUUUUGUUUGUGUUCUUUUUAGGGUUUAUGUUGUUGCAAUAUAAUGGGAAUUGCAAAUUGAAAGGGAAAUCAAGUGAGGAGAGAGAAAAUUUUUCAGUAAUAUGUUCUAGUAAUCAUGAAAUUGAUGGGUUAAUGAAGGUGUCUUUUGAGAAUGGGACCACUAAAACGUCUAGGGUUUUAGGGAAAAAAGGAAGUGGGGACCAAAAGUUCGAGGAAAUCGAUGAAGUUAUGAGUUCAAAUUGUGGGUUUCAUGAUAGUAUUAGUAGUAAUGGAGAAGAAGUUGAGGAAUGUUGUUAUGAAGACCAAGUGUUUGAUGUAAUUACUCUGAGAAAAAUGGUUAAGGUUCAAAGACAAAAGGUUAAUGCUACUCUUAGUGAGCUUGAGAAGGAAAGAAUGGCGGCGGCGUCGUCUGUUGAUGAAGCAAUGGCUAUGAUAUUGAGGCUUCAGAAUGAAAAAAGUGUUCUUCAAAUGCAAGUUAAUCAAUUGCAGAGAGUUUCUGAGGAUAAGCAAUUACAUGAUCAAGAGGUUAUUCAAUCACUUCAAUGGAUCAUAAUGAAACACGAAUCCGAAAGGAGUAUAUUGGAGGAUCAAUUGAGGAUGUGUAGGGAGAAAUUGAAGGUGUUUAUGAAAGGUGAAGAAUGGGAUCAAUUUGAUAGUGUUUGUCCUACUCCAAGUGCUUCUUAUUCUUCAUUUGGGAGUAGGGUUGAUGAUUUCCCUAUUGGUUCGCUAGAUUUCGAAUCGUCGCCAAUUGAUCGCUAGAGAGGUAGAAGGGUAUUUCGUUAUGACAAGCUGAAUGGCCUAUAAUUUGCUCUAGUUCUUCUGACGAGGCUGCUCUGCUUCUAGCAGGGUUUUUGGUGACUUCUCUGGUGUAGCAUAAGAUUGUACAUAAUCCUUUUUUCUUGGAUGAUGCCUAUGGCUCCUCUUUUGUUAUUCAAGUAAAAUAUGCUAUACAAAUAUCUCUUUGACUCCCUUCUUUGUAGCUUUAACUAUGAUAGAUUCUUGAUUCACCUGCAUGUUUACC